UCUUUCCGAUUAUCUAAAGCAAAGUGCGGAGACAGAAAACACAACUGCUUAACUGCUGGAUGCGAUAAAGUUUAAACUGUAUGCUUUAAGCUAUGGGCUGUGCAUUUUGCAAGGACCCGAAUAAUGGAAAGCAGCAGGACUCGGAUUAUGUAGAUGAGCGGUCAAGAUUAUUGGAUCAUAAUCAUACAAAGUCUCCAACAGGACCAAUAAAUAAUGGUGGUGAUACCGCUGUUGUCUCGUCCAUGACGAAAACAGAUGAGCAAUCAAUAUUGAGCAGAAUUUUACAUAAAACUGCACAGAAUAUAAUAGACGUGUCAGCAAUUGAGCCACACAGCAUGGAAAGAUCAGAAUAUAUGGACAAGAUGAGAAAUUAUUUAGAAAAGACUUCCAGUAGUGAGUUUCAUGUUCCAAAAACGAAAUUAAAUCUGUCAUCUGUUACGCAUGCGCCAAUGAAUGUCUUAUUAGCAGAACCUCUAAACGCCACAGAUAUAAAAUUGAUCACAGACUCCAGUGUAGCAGUUGCAGCAGCACUCUCACAAAUUAACGUCACGUGCAAAGAAGCUUUAGUAGAAACUCUUAGUGUUGAUAACAAAGAUCCUGUGGUGGUCACGUGAUUAAGUGCCACACUCGAUACAAAUUUAUAAAUUAAAAUUAUUAAAUAAAAAGAAUAAUUUUUUAUACAAUUACUGAAAUUAUCAUUACGAUGGUAACAGACAGGAAGCAACAACACGUAGAACAGCACGAUGCGAUGUAGCAGGUGCACUAAUCUUGACUAUAUUGUGUAUGGUAUUUUGUCUUGAGUUAGACGUCCUAGAGUGAUUACCUAUCCACAUUAACCUGUAAGAAAAAGAAAAGGGGUGGGUAAUUUAAAAAAAAAUUACAACUAGAUAAAAUCUUUAGGGACGAAAGUCAGUGUGGUGACAGCAUACAGUCAGUUUAAGGACGAUCUUAGGAAGAGAAUUGUUAAUUUUAAAUUUUUUUUGAGAAUGUUGUAGUAUCUUAUUUUUUUUUACAUACAGUCGUUGUAAAUUUUUUAUUCUUGUGUUCAAUAUGAGAAUAUACAGUAUUGUGUUGUGAAAUUACACAACCUGUAUAUGAAACCGUGUUAUGGGCAAAUAGUUUGAAAUAAGAACUAUUUCUUGCUAUAACAGUUUUUCGUUGAUUUAUAUUUCCUGUUGUAAUGUUCACAAAUUAAAUUUUAUAGAUUUUAACUUAUCAAAAGAUACAUUUUUGUGCACAAAAGCGAUGCACUUACAAGAUGUAGUAAAAUAAGUUCUCUUUU